AUGUCAGGAAGAGGCAAACAAGGCGGCAAGACCCGGGCUAAGGCCAAGACUCGCUCAUCUCGGGCCGGCCUUCAGUUCCCAGUCGGCCGUGUUCACCGGCUGCUCAGGAAAGGCAAUUAUGCCGAGCGGGUGGGAGCCGGAGCACCGGUCUACCUUGCAGCAGUGCUCGAGUAUCUGACCGCCGAGAUCCUCGAGUUGGCCGGCAACGCUGCCCGGGAUAACAAGAAGACUCGGAUCAUCCCCAGGCACCUGCAGCUCGCCGUGCGCAACGACGAGGAGCUCAACAAACUGCUCGGAGGGGUCACCAUCGCCCAGGGCGGUGUCCUGCCCAACAUCCAGUCUGUGCUGCUCCCCAAGAAAACCGAGAGCGCCAAAUCUGCCAAGAGCAAGUGAGCAGCUGCUGCUGCUGCCGCCGCCCAAACAACUACCAACCCAAAGGCUCUUUUCAGAGCCACC